AUUCUCUGACCGUUUCACGUCUCAACAGCAUGUGGAGCAAAGUCGUAGCGCGCCAUGGCGGCCGCCCAUUGUCCGUCCGCGGGAUCGCUUCCUCGGCAAAUGCGCUUCGAUUCCUCAUCGUAGAUGGGUACUCCCCAGAGGGUCGGUUGGAGUUAACCAAGAGCGGUGUCAGCAUUGCGUCUGACCUAUACAAGCGUAUGCUCUCGACGAGUGCGGACGGCCUUCCGACGUCGUUCGACGUGCUCUUCCCAUCCGACGGUCCCUUUGAUACUCCCGAUCUUCGCAACUACGACGCCGUAGCCUGGACGGGGUGCAGCUUGACAGUGCUUGACUCUGCCGACAUUCGCGUCACACGACAAUUGGAGCUUGCAAAACAAUGUUACGCACAUGGAGUUCCGCAGUACGGGAGCUGCUGGGCGGCGCAGAUCGCCGUCGUGGCGGCAGGCGGCGUCGUGUCCAAGAACCCUCGAGGCCGUGAGAUGGGGUUGGCGAGGAAGAUUUCCUUGACGCCGGAAGGACGCGGGCAUCCCAUGUUUGAUGGGAAACCGUCUGUGUUUGAUGCAUUCACGAGUCAUUACGACGAGAUCACGCACCUACGUCCAGGUGGAGUUGUGCUUUGCGGGAAUGCAUUCACGUCGGUGCAGGCAGUUGCAGUGCGCCACUUGAAGGGGGAGUUCUGGGGAGUGCAGUACCAUCCAGAGUACGACUUGCGUGAGAUGGCGCGUUUGACCUUGGCGCGCAAGGAGCGUUUGGUCAAAUAUGGCAUCUUCCAAACCCAUCAAGAUGGAGACGAAUUUGUCGCGGAAUUGGAAAAGCUGUACGAAGAUCCAUCGCGUCGGGACAUUGCAUGGCGCUUGGGCUUGGAUACUGAUGUGAUGGACGAGAACGUGCGAUACACCGAAUCGCGCAACUUCAUCAAGCAUCUCGUGGUACCCUACAAACUGUCAAAGACGCUCCUCGAGUAGACAGACAGAUUCAUAAGGACGAUAAGGAUUUCUGUUGGAA